AUGUUCGCCCUCCGUCGCGCUGCUCUUCCCACCAUGUCCCUGGCCCGCGGUUACGCCUCCAGCGGAAACGUCUCGGCUUUGUUGUUGGUCGAGCACAAGGACAACAAGAUCGCUGCGUCCACCUUGAACGCCCUCACUGCCGCCUCUGGCUUGGGUGGUUCCGUCACUGCCCUCGUUGCCGGUAGUGCCCCCGACUCUGUUGUUGCUGAGGUCUCCAAGCUCGCUGGUGUCAGCAAGGUCCUCGUUGCCAAGGAUGCUGUCUUUGCCCACACCCUCCCCGAGUCCCACGCCUCGCUCCUCGUCGAGACCCAGAAGAAGCAUGGAUUCACCCACUUGAUUGCUGCCCACUCUGCCUUUGGCAAGAACAUCCUCCCCCGUGCUGCGGCCCUCUUGGACGUUGCCCAGAUCUCUGACAUCACUGGCAUCGAGGGUGCCGACACCUUUGUUCGCCCCAUCUACGCUGGUAACGCAAUUGCCACCGUCAAGUCGAACGACAGCAUCAAGGUCAUUACUGUCCGUGGAACUGCCUUCCCUGCCGCCGGUCACCAGGAUGCUGCUGCCCCUCACGAGGAUGCCCCCGCUGUUGGCCAGAAGGACCAGAGCGAGUUUGUCAGUGAGCACAUGCAAAAGUCGGAUCGCCCUGAGCUCGACUCUGCCACCCGUGUCAUUGCUGGAGGCCGUGGCAUGAAGAACGGCGAGAACUUUGGUCUCUUGUACGAGAUGGCCGACAAGAUUGGCGCCGCCGUUGGUGCUUCCCGUGCUGCCGUCGAUGCUGGAUACGUCGACAACUCGCUCCAGAUCGGUCAGACCGGAAAGAUCGUUGCCCCCGAGCUCUAUGUCGCCGUGGGUAUCUCCGGAGCCAUUCAGCAUUUGGCCGGUAUGAAGGACUCCAAGACCAUUGUCGCCAUCAACAAGGAUCCUGAGGCUCCCAUCUUCCAGGUCGCCGACUAUGGCCUCGUUGCCGAUCUCUUCACCGCCGUCCCUGAGUUGACCAAGAAGCUGUAA